AUCUACCAUUGCUAGUCAAAAUACUCUUCAAACAUGUAGCAUGUGCGACUAGCGACAGAAACAGAUAUCUUCGACAGUUGUGUUGGCAGUAAUAUUAGCAAUCGUAAGUUUAAAAAAGGGCACUGGUGAUGCAUUUGAUGUAUAAACUUGCAAUUUAUGCUAGUUUAGACAUGUAGCAGCCCUUAGCAAACUUAUAGUGAGCCAGCCUGCUAGCGAACUAGCUAACAUUAGGUUAGGUAGCUACCUAACGUUAACUAAAUUAGACAAAGGUGGCGAGAUAGCUAGCUGUCUGCCGUAACAGUCAUGGUGAAAGCCCUGCUUUUGAAUAGCUUUCUAGCUGGCGUUAUGCAUAACGUUAUAGCUAGCUGUAUAACUAUCUACCUCGGUAUCGGUGUGUAAAUAAAUGUAUUUGCUUGUAGUUAGCGUGUGCAGUUUAGCUAUUUGAAUUCAUAGAGUAAAGUCGUGUUGUACCGAGCAGCAUAACCAAAUAGCUAUCUUAAACUAACGUUACCUAGCUAGUAAACUUUAGUUCAGCGAGAUGGAGUGAGAGACUCCGUAUGUGUUGCGUGUGCAUUGUGUGAGCGUGAGAUACUAGUACUUGAAGGCAUUACUACUGCUUCAUCCAUGCUGCGUUGUCUGGGGCCAGAUGGCUAAGUGACCGUGACUGGUUGGAUACAUUGUGGAUGCGGCGUGACGCCGUUUUGCACACCGCGGUAAGUCAGGAGGAGAAGGGUCUCAGCCUUGUGCCACAGUGAUGGACACCUGGACGCCGAACCCUCGAGCUAAGCCGUUUAUACCCCGCCAGCAGCGAAGCUUCUACCUCACCUGGAAGUACAAACUCACCAAUAAGCGAGCGAUACGUCGGUUUUGUCAGGCUGGUGCAGUGCUAUUCUUGUUAGUGACAGUGAUUGUUAAUAUCAAGCUCAUAUUAGACACAAGAAGAGUAGCCAGUGAGGAAGAAGCUGCACAGGACUACGAUGAAGCUCUGCCCAACAUGGAGACCCCCCGCAGACCGCAGAGUGGCAGGAAGGUGCUGGACAUCGAGGUGUACUCCAGCCGCUCCAAGGUCUACGUGGCUGUGGACGGAACAACUGUCCUGGAGGAUGAGAUGCGAGAGCAGGGAAGAGGCAUUCACGUUAUAGUUCUCAAUCAAGCCACAGGGCAUGUGAUGGCCAAGCGGGUGUUUGACACCUACUCCCCCCACGAAGACGAGGCCAUGAUCCUCUUCCUGAACAUGGUGACGCGUGGCAGAGUGCUAAUCUUCACCAUCAAGGAUGAAGGGACCUUCCAUUUGAAAGAUGCUGCAAAGAACCUGCUGAAGGGCCUUGGCAGUCAGGUGUCCCUGUCCUUGAGCUGGAGAGACAUGUGGACGUUGGUGGUGAAGAAAGGAGGACAAGUUUAUGGAGAGAAGCACUCAAAAUCUCCUGCCCUUUCAACUUGGGGUGACCCUGUGCUGCUGAAGACCGAGGUGCAGCUUACAGCAUCUGAAGAAGCAGAAUGUCACUGGGCUGACACAGAGCUGAACCGCCGCAGAAAGCUGUUCUGCAGUAAAGUAGAGGGCUAUGGCAGCAUCUGUAGCUGCAAGGACCCAGCCCCCAUCGAGUUCAACCCUGAACCUUUAAAAGACAAUAAUGUCUACAACGUUCCUGUUGCUGUAAUAGCAGGAAACAGACCCAAUUACCUUUACAGGAUGUUGCGGUCUUUGCUCUCCGCACAUGGCGUCAAUCCGCAGAUGAUCACAGUUUUCAUAGACGGGUAUUAUGAGGAGCCAAUGGAUGUAGUGGAGCUGUUUGGGCUGAAGGGGGUACAGCACACUCCCAUCAGUAUUAAGAACGCCAGAGUGUCCCAGCACUACAAAGCCAGUCUGACUGCAACCUUCAAUCUACAUCCAGAUGCCAACUUUGCAAUUGUGUUGGAGGAAGAUCUAGAUAUUUCAAUUGAUUUCUUCAGCUUUCUAAGCCAGACCAUCCAUCUGCUGAAUGAGGACGAGAGCCUCUACUGCAUCUCUGCCUGGAAUGAUCAGGGGUAUGAGCACACAGCAGAAGACCCAGCCCUGCUGUACCGGGUGGAGAGCAUGCCCGGACUGGGCUGGGUGCUGAAGAAGAGUCUCUACAAGGACGAGCUGGAGCCCAAGUGGCCCACACCAGAGAAGCUGUGGGACUGGGACAUGUGGAUGCGCAUGCCGGAGCAGAGGAAGGGCAGAGAGUGUAUCAUUCCCGACAUCUCUCGCUCCUACCACUUUGGCAUCAUCGGCCUUAACAUGAACGGGUACUUCCAUGAAGUCUAUUUCAAGAAGCAUAAGUUCAACACUGUUCCAAAUGUCCAGCUCAAGAAUGUGGACAGCUUGAAGAAGGAUGCCUAUGAGGUGGAGAUUCAGAACCUGCUGAGGGAGGCGGAGCUCCUGGACCACACCAAGAACCCCUGUGAGGACUCCUUUAUCCCUGACACAGAAGGGAAGACAUACGUGAUGUACAUUAAGAUGGAGCAGGAGACUGACACUGCCACCUGGACUGAGCUGGCUAAGUGCCUGCAUGUGUGGGACCUGGAUGUGCGUGGGAACCACAAGGGGCUGUGGCGUCUCUUCAGGAAGAGGAACCAUGUCCUGGUGGUGGCGGUUCCCAUUUCUCCUUACUCUGUGAAGAAGCCUGCUCACUUAGUCCCCAUCCACCUGGAGCCUCCACCCAAGGAGGAGGGAGCCGCCCCUGUGGAGCAGACGUAACAUCGGCGCGCCCGGUCGGGACUGACCUUAACCGCUCAUAGCCUUCAUUCGACCACUAACCCAGGCUGACGGGAUCUAGACUGACAGGUUAACGUGGGACUUUGGGGAGGAGAGGAGGGGGGCGGAGAAGAAAAGAGGCAGACUGCACUUCACCAUCCAUUUAAUCCAGAGGUAGCUCUAGCUAUGACCACGACACUAAUGAACGAGAGAGUUCAAGGAAGAGCAGCUAGCUGCCUGGGCCGGCUCGUAACAGACCUCCAUACUUUGCAUUUUCACUCCGGCGUGCAAUCUCACCGUUUCCUGUGUGGACAGACAAAGGGCGUGCUGUGCACUUUGAAGGGACGCCUUAAAAGGCACUGACUUCGAAGUGUAGCCAUGACAACGUGCCAUGGAAACCGGGGGGAUCCUCUGACGUGUCGUAGCUUCAAGUGAACAGACUGACUCAGAGGGCAGAGUGUGAAGUGACUCCAAAGGGAAAGACUUGAAACCUUUGUUCUGAGCUUUUGCUAUUGACGCUCAUGUGAAGUGUGGCUUUUUAGCAGACUCACACAACCAGAACAUAUUAGUUUCCAACUACUGAGUGCUUUGUCUGUCUUGUACAUACAUUUUAACUUAUGCCUAUUUAUUUAACCUAUAUCAACAAAUGAGUGUUUUUUUUAUUUAAUCUGCUUUUUCAAGAACAAUUCAUUGAAAAAAUGCCAUAUUUUGCAGCAUUAUUCUUGACUUUAGGAUGAGUUGGCAGUUCGGUGAUUUUCUAUUUAUUUAAUGUGUAAGGUACAUCAGGUUAGAGAAGGGCAAUAGAUGAAGACUAACACUUGAACACUGCAUAAUCUGACUGCUCAUCUCAAUCACUGCAUUAACGGUUUGACCUGUGUGAAAACACGAGUUGUGUUUUUGUUUUUUUCUUUCAAGAAAAAAAUUGGAAGGUACUUGAUAAAGCGCAUUUCAAAGAGCCUUUGUUGUGUGAGGUUGUCCUGAACAUUUCAGACUGAUUAGGUUAUAAGCUACUGUGUGGUCAAAUGCUGUGGAAAAGGUCUGGAGUAAUGUCAGUUAAUUCGGUUUGUGAUACGUAGUUGUUUGGUUUUUAUUUCAGGUGUUUAAAUCAGGGACACUGAAAUACCCAGCAUUUGUGUACAUCUCCUGGAGAAGAUAAGAGACAGUCUGUCCUGUUAACCUGUCAUGACAGUUAUUACCACUACUUUAUUGUACAUUAUUUUGUAUUCUCAUAUGAAGAAACAUGGAAGUAACAGGAAUUAUAAUGGGAAUGAGUCACUAUGCAUUAUCUAUCUGAAAACCUUGCUUUAUGGUAGAAACCUGAUGUUGUGAUGCAGUGUAUGCAUUUGUAAUGCAGUGUGGUAAAUGGUAAACUGAGAGGUGCACCCCCC